GACUUUAGAGCAACUCCGCCGGGUUCCUUCUGACUUUACAUCGGCACAGGUGUCUUCCAGCGAACCGCGCCGCCAUUCUUACACCUGAGAUAUUGUUGUUGUUUUGUUCACAGAGAGUUCGAGCUGAAAACCAUGAGUCACCUCAACCCAGGACUUAUUUCUGUCUACAACAGUCUCACCGACAGACAUCUGGCUGGAUACUUCAGCAACACUCGGAUCAGGAGACACCUGCAGAGAGCAGGACUGAUCAGCAGGAGUGGGCGUAUCGUUCCAGACAAGGAGUACAGACACAAGCUGAUCCACAGAGCCCACCAGAGACACGUUCGAGAAUGCCUGGCCCAGGCCAUUUUCCACAAGGUGCUGGAGAUGGAGCGUGUCCAUCAAAUAGAGAUCAAAAGGAAACUGGAGGAGUUUGCAAGGAGGGAAAGAGUGCACAAGUUCAAAGUGGAGCGCUCUAAAAGGUAUGAGGAAGACAUGGUCCGCAUCCUGUCUCCACGGCCACCCACGGGUGCCAGGUGCAUCCGAAAACAACACUCUGGGCCCGAGGGGGAACACUCUGAAUCCUCCGAGUCCCCGGGCUCGUCCCGACCCAACACGGCUCCGGGGAAGAUGCAGAGGCCGGUGCGCCUGAAGCCGAUCCACAGCAGCAGCACCACAGCGUCGCUCAGACGCAGCUCCCCUCACAGACUGCUGGAGUCCUCCAAUGACCACGACCAGCCUUUCAACUGCACGAUGGACAAGGCGUCCCGGAGACGUUUGACCACAACGGAGCCCUCCCGUGGCAUCUCGCCCUACUGCCUCCCGGUCAUCAACAACUUUGUCACCCCGGUGCCUCCGGCCACGAAGAGGAAAGAGAGGGGGGCAAAGGUCACCGCGAGCGGCGCGCUCAGAGGCCGCAGACUGCGUCCCACCACGGCAUCCAGCGGAGCUGACGUCAGUGAGGACCACCCCAUGCUGAGGAGCUCCGUGCACCAGAGCAAAGUGUGUGUGAACAUGAUGUACUUCGGUAAAUCGGUGCAUCUCUCCCACGACCUGACAGACAUGAGGGAUGAAGCCAAAGUGUUUCAGCAACACUGUGGAGGAGAGAACCUGUGUGUUUUCAAGGGCAAGCUCCGCGAGGGAGAGACUUUCCAGUUUAUUUCAAGGCGACACCGAGGUUUCCCCUUCAGCUUGACUUUCUUCCUGAACGGGCUGCAGGUGGAGCGGCUGAGCUCCUGCUGCGAGUUCAAACACAGGAAGGGCUCCCGGCUCGGUGGCCGGCACGGGCACUUUGGUUUCUGCAGCGUAGAGGGAGCCUCUCCCUGUUACAAGUGCAUCAUAGCAAUGGGAUUGGACAAGAAACCCACUCCUCCACCAAAGAGGGUCAAAGGAGAUGAAGGCGGAGAGGAGUCCCUCACCAGCCAUAAGGAUGCUCCUGAGAUGGAGACGGAGAGGACCGGAGACGAGGCUGCAGCCCUUUCAGAGGGUGAAAGCAGCCAACCACACGACACCGACACUCAAGUCAAAGAAGAAGAAACAGCAGGCGAGGAGGACAAAGUCAGAGAUGAUUAUGAGGAAGACUUUGAAGGAGACGACGAGGGCCCUCCAGGAGACGUGGAGGCAAAAGAAAAGAAAUCCUCGUCUCCAUCUGGUGAAACUGAAAGGCAGGUUAAUGAGAGAGACGCCUCUGAGACUGAAGACGACGAGAGGGAUGAGGACUUAAAGUCUCAUUCAGGCUCCAGCUCCUCAGGCAGCGACCGGGAUGAGAGCGACGCUGAAGCCUCCAGAGAGGACGAGCGAGCAGAGCGACCUGUAGAGGCCGACCAGGAGGAGGCUGUUGAAAACAAAGACGAACCAAAUCCAGAAGAAGCCGCUGCCACCGAGCCCGAGCCUGCUGCGCUUAAAGACUCAGGCACACGGACAGACAGCACGGAGAUCGAGGUCUACGACACCGGCGAGAACAAACCGAGUGGCGACGCCUCAGGAGACAAAGAGCUGGAGAAAACGGUAGAUGGGAACAAACAGGAGGAGGAGCGAGCCAAAUCUGUGCAGGAGAAGAUGGCAGAAGCCAUACUGAAGGAGUCCCAGUGCAGCACGGAGCCCGAACUGAGCGACACCAGCACUGAGGAGGACGAGGAGGAGGAAGAGGAGUCCACAGAUAAAGGCUCUGAACCGGACAGCAAGGAUGCAGUCGCAAUGAAAUCUGUGACGUUUACAGAACAGCAAGAGAUCCUUGAAGAGGAGACAGAGCGCGAGGAAGGUGUUGUUGAAGUGGUAAAGGAUCACGACGAGGCGCCCGAACCCAAAGAUCGGGACAACGACACUGGACAAGAGCCGCAGGAGAACAGCGAUCGCACUGAAGAUGAGACGGUCAGAAUAGAAGAGGCAGAUGAACCGGCGUCACCAGAAGAAGACUCAAACCCAGCAGACAAUGAUAAGCCAGAGGACACAGAAGAUACGUCUCAGCAUCCUGUACCCGAGGAGGAGAUUAUUGAGGAUGACACGACUUCAGAACCUCAAGAAGCAGCUAAAUCCAGUGACGGCGAGGCCGCAGAGAGAGGCGAGAAAAAUGAAGAGAAAACCGAAGCGGAAGCUGAGGAGACGGGGCGAGGAACAAAAAGCGUCGAGGAGGAUGAGUCAUCGGUGUCAGAGUCGGAUAAAAAGACUGAUGAGACAGCAGCGUCUGAUAAUGCGGAGGCGAUGACAGCGAGCGAGACAAUGGAGAUGAAAGCAGAGCCCUCAGAGGAGCGAGAGGCCCUCAACUAUGAAGAGGCACCUGAGAGAGACACAGAGAAGAGGCAGCAAGGAGACAGCCAGGACGGAGACGCGGCAUCAGAGGCGGAAGUCACAGCGGAGAAUUCGCGCAGCUCGCUGGAGGAGAGCGGCGACACCGCAGUGCAUGAAACAGCAGCGGCAAACGAUGAGAGCAGCAAAGAGGAUAUUAUAGGGGAGGACGUGUCGGCAGUAGAGGAUGGUAAAGAUGACAAUCAACAACACGGGGGGGAUCUGGGAGAAGGGCACACGGAAAAGCCCUCCGUGGAAAUAGAUGAUGAGGUAGAGGAGAAAUGUGAAGAGGAAGAAAAGCCAACGGAUCCAGAUGAGACAGCAGGAGGUGAAAAUAGAGAGGAGAGUGAAGAGGAGGAUAGAGAUGAGACGGAAGAAGAAGAAGAGAAGAAUGAGAGUGAGACAGGAGAAAAGAUAGAAGACGAGGAAAACAUUUCCGAGGGCACUAAAUGUGACUCAAACACUGAAGGAAAUGCAAAUGGAGAACGAGCCGAGGAACACCGCAGUGAAGGAGACGUGAAGGUUGCGGAUGAAGAGAACGCAGACGAAUCAGAAAAGAGAGAGAGGCACGAAGGUGGUGAAUGUGUCAAGAAUCAAAAUUACGAGGGGGAAGAAAAGGGAGCCGCAACUGAUGAUACUAAUGAGUGUGAACAGAUGAACACGGCUGCUGAUGAAACGGAUGACGGAGCGGAAAAGGAAGAGAAAGAUCAGAUUGAGGACAAAGUGGAGAAUAAAGACGAGGACGAGGGAAAAGUCGGAACUGACGAGAGUGCAGAAGGAGAAGAAAUAUCUGAGCUUCCAGAGGAAUCGGAGAAAAGUGGAGAUGCAGACUUGGAUAAGGAUAAUGUGAAAAUAUCUGAUGAAAAUAUUGCAUCAGAGGAUGCCACUGACAGGGAAGCAGCAAAUGUAGCACAGGAGACUGAAACGGCCGAAGAGACGCCAAACAAUGCGAUGGAGGCUGAAGAUGUGACCAAAGGAACUGAAGGAGAGAGGGACAACAGUGAAAACGGAGAUGUUGAUGUGGAAAAUGGUGAAGUUUCUACCAGAGCAGAGAACAAAGCUCAUGAGGACGAGGGAGAGGCUCAAACUGAGGGGAAGGAUGAUGUAAGAACAGCAGUGAAUACUGAAGAAGGGAGAGGAGCAGGGGAACCCACAGAAGGUCAAAGCACAGAGGUCAAAGAUGUUACUGUGCGGUCCGGAGAUGGGGCUGAAACGCGUGUAGACGACACAGUUGGUGAGGCUCCCGACGCCGACGUCGUACAAAGCGAGGCCGGGAACGAUGGCGUGGAGGACGGGUCCACUAAAAAUGACUCCGAGCCGGAGACGUCUGGCACGGAAGUGAAAGAGGAAUCGAACUCCGACGACGGAAAGCACGGUGAAACCAAACGAGAUGAGAAUGUCAACCUUCCGGACCCUGAAAAUAAUUCAUCCGAGUUGAUGAAAAAGAGCGACGCCGUUCAGAGCAAUGCCAGCGAGGACACGCUCGCUUCUGCGGUCGAUCGGGCACCAUCGGCGUCGCCCACCGCCGUGGGAUCGAACGAUACGCCCCACAAGUUAGACGAGUCCACUGCGCCGUCCGACUCUACGACCGGCGAACACACACACGCCGAGGAAGAUGCUGCCGCAGCUGACCUCUCCGACCUCUCCGCCGCCGACGGAGAAAACGGAGCCGACACAGAGGAAGCGAGCAAAGCCUCGGAGGAAGGAGCUAGCGUUCUGCUCAAUCCUCAAGCGCGGCCGUCACAGCUCACACAUAACAACGACGUCACUGUUGGUGAUAACGCUCCAGAGGCCUUGGCCAGAGAAGACAACACGGAUCUGGUCACAAGCUGGGUAACCAUGCAUCAAACGUCAAAGUAUUUUGAGACGUUUGUUGAGCCUUUGGAAGACUUGAAGGAGUCGACUUCAGACGCUCAAGCAUCCGACCGCAAUGAGGAGGCGACACAAUCCACAGAGCCGCCGAGAUCAGCGAGUCCACUCAAGAUGGCGAAGGCGUCUGAAAAUGCAGAAGGAGAGCUCACGCCAAAAGACGGAAACGAGUCGGGGGACAAGAGCAGGGAGGAGACCGAGGUGUCAAACUUUGAGAGCAAUCGCUCCGAAGACGGUGAACCGUGUGAGAGAGACACACCGCGAGAGGAGGAGGAGACCAAGGAGAAACUCUUGAUCCCUAAAACAGAGAGUGAACUAAAUGAUAAGGAGACUGUGAGCGGGCAAGACAUGAGGUCAGAGGAGCACAAAGGAAGCAGAGGAUCUCUGGAAGAGCACGAGGUGCUAGAGGGUGUAGUGCAGGACAACUCUGAGCCAACGGACAUUUCUAAAACUGAAGUGGAAAGCUUCGCAGGUACUGAGAGUGUCUCCGAGAACCAAACCGAGGAGAAAACUACUGAUAAUGGUCCAGAAACACAAACGGCCAUCGAAGAGGUGACAGAUGUUCCGCCGUCUUCCCAAACAGAAGAGCGUCGCGAACAUCCGACCGGUCCCGAAGGGCUCUCCAGAUCGAAAGCGGAGGAACCAAACGAAAGUGAAGAAACGCGUUCGACAGGUGACGAACAAAGUGGAGAAGUUACGGAAAUAACUGAUUUUACGACGUCAAAGUCCGACGACGGAAGCCAGGAGGAGAGAGACGCGGGACCUGAAUCCUCUGACGCCAGCGGAGACAAGAGAGACGUGCGGCUGAUCCAGGACAUCAAACACACCGUGAGUAAAGACCGACUCAGCACUUUCUCAGUGGAUGAAACGCUGUUCGGUCAAAGUUCAUAUCCUUUGCUGGCUGCUGCGAGGACGGAGAGUGGACAUUAG